UUUUGGUUAGAUCGUGUUUCAAGUCCAAAAGAAAAGCAGUUCAAUUUCAACACCUACAUAUCUAUAUUCUCUCUCUCUCUCUCUCUCUCUCUCUCUCUCUCACAAGAUUCUCAUCAAACUCUACUUCCUCCUCAGCUUCACUCCUUUCCUUUUCCAUUCCUCUUCCCAUUCAGCAGGUGGGUUAAUCUUGUGAUUUGGAGUAGACGAGUUGGUUUUUCUUACUAAGUUAAUCAUGAUAAAAAGGUUUCCGAGUGGUAGGAAUCAAAGAUCCAAAGGUGUUAAGAUAAAGCAUGUUCUGCAAGUUAUUCUGCUGCUUGGUGUGUGCUUCUGGUUGAUCUACCAGGUUAAGCACAAUCACGACAAGAAGAAGGACUUCGAUAAGAAUGAUUCAACACUAUCAUCGGUUAGAACUGAGACGGAUAAGGUUGUGAAACACGGUAGGAAGGACCUGAAACCAGUUAAGGAUGAAGUAGAUCACAGCGGAAAGCUCGAAGAGGAAGAGGAUGAACCUAUAGUAGAGGUUACGGAAGAGAAACCCAAAGAAGAAGGGAACAAACACGAAACUGAAGAAAGUGAAGACAGCGAGCAUGAAGGGAGAGAAGAACAAGAUGAAGAAGAAAAUAAGCAUGGAACAGAUGAAGGGAGAGAAGAACAAGAUGAAGAAGAAAAUAAGCAUGGAACAAAAGAACAGGAGGAAGGUGAAAAUAAAACCGAAGAGAUCGAAGAUGAAGGAGGAGAUGUUGAGGUAGAUGAAAAUGAUCAUGAGAAAUCAGAUGUUGAUAAUGAUCAAGAUGACGACGAUGCAGAUGAGUUGAAAGACAAAGUAGAAGAUAGUGAUGAGAUGGAGAAUGAAGAGAAGGAGGAUGGGGAAAAGGGGGGUUCAGUUGAAAGCGAUGAGAAUCAUGAAGCUCGGGAGGAACAUUACAAGGGCGAUGAUGCGUCUAGUGCUGUGGCUCAUGACACUCACGCAACUAGCACUGAAACUGAACCGAUUAAUUUGACACAGGCUGGUCUAAGCGUACAAAUGAAUGUCGAACAAGCAGACAACGCGACUACUUAUCAUUCUGAUGAGAGUAACAGCAAUCAAAAUGAUUCUGAUUUGAAGGAUAGAGAAGUUGAAGUGGCAGAUGUAAUUUCUUCUAAUGUGACUGCCGGUAAAGAGACUGGAAAUAACAGUUCGUCUACAGAAACAGCCGAAACAAACACUGAUAGCCACUUGGAUGUAGGAAGUAAUCUGACAGCAGUGAUUACUGAAUCAAGCAAUAACUCAACAGGCGCUGGUGAUGACACGGCAAAUUCAUCCGAGCAAAUUAAAACAGUUUUUGUAACCGAGUCUGAUAAUGCUCAAAAUGCGACAGCUAGUACAACAGUUGCUGGAGAUAUAAAGCAAACAGAGGGGUUAGAGCAAACUGGCAACAAAACUUCUGAAGGAAACCUGCCUGAUAAUGCUGCAACAGUCUCUGUUAAACCGGAUAAUGGUGAUGCUGCUCUGCAAGAAUCUCCCACUCUAGGGGAUAGUGCAUUAGAGAAAACGAUGGAUUCCGUAGCUUCAAAUGAAACUGAAACCAUUUUUGGUAAUUCGAAUAAUAAUGCGACCUCUGAUACCAUCGAAAGUGACAAGUCCACAGGUAUCACUGAAACUAGUGAAGCAAACAAAACACAGAAUAUUGACGCCUCCGUGGAUGAGAUGUUCAGGGGUAAUACUCAAACAGGCGAAACAGAUGAAAAGUCAGACUCUUCCUCUGCCAAUGAAAUUCUAGACGCAGUUAUACACGACGCAAUUGAUUCUUCUGAUACUCAGAACACACACGAGGAUAUGGCAACGGCUCGAACUGAUCUUGAUACGUUGCCGGAUAUUCAAAACGAAGGAAACGAAGGCGAUGAAAAUUCUGCAGAGUGAACUUAGAGAGGAUGAUGAUUGGGUUAUAGAAACUUUUGCUUGAUUCAAAAUGUAUCAAGAGAAGAUGUUCAAAGGUACAUAAGGUGUAUGAUUGUGUCUGGGUCUGGAUAUGUAUAAUUUAUUUGUAGCUUUCACUUUCCACUUUCUGUGAUACUAUUGCUUCUUUUAUUUUUAUGCUAGCUACUUAUUCUUUC